AUGGAGGCCACGGCCGGAGUCGCUGCCACACGCGGCGGUGGUUCUUUGCCGAUGCCGUCAUCACGCAAGGAGUGGCGUGCCGUUUCUGACCAUCAUCCCGUUCGAAAUGUCAGUGAUGAGGAACUGGAACAAUCAAAAUUGGGGCAAUCUGAUGAGAGAACAAUAUAUGAGGUGCAGCAAGGAAGAGAGCCAGCUGAUGUUGACUUCUGUUCCAUCACGGUGGAUGGAAAUUUGGGUAACGACUUAUUACAGCAGCGGCUUCAUAGUGUUGCUAGACAAAGAGAAGAGUUGCAACAUCUGGAGAUUGAGCUUAGAGCUCAAAUGAUUGCAAGAACUGAGAUCAUGGAAAUGCAAAACAGCUUUGAAUCUCAAAUUAAGGAGCAUUCUAAUGCUGCUGCCAAGCUACAGGAGCAACUUCUUGAAAGGGAACAAAACAUACAUGAAUUGGAGAGGAAAAUGGAAGAAAAAGAAAGAGAGCUACAUGCAAUCAAAUUAGAUAGUGAAGCGGCUUGGGCUAAAGAGGACCUUUUCAGGGAACAGACAAAAGAACUGGCAACUUUCAGAAGAGAGCGUGAUCAUUCUGAAGCUGAAAGAGCCCAACACAUAAAACAAAUACAUGAUCUUCAAGAACAUAUACAAGAAAAAGAGAGACAGCUUAUUGAAUUGCAGGAGCAGAAUAGGGCCGCUCAAGAAACUAUUAUUUACAAGGAUGAACAACUGAGGGAGGCACAAGCAUGGGUUGCACGUGUUCAGUUACAAUCAACUACAAACCAGUCAUUACAGGCUGAACUGCGUGAGCGUACAGAGCAAUUUAACCAUCUUUGGUUAGGUUGUCAAAGACAGUUUGCGGAGAUGGAGAGACUGCAUUUGCAUACAAUACAACAACUUCAACAUGAGCUGGCUGAUGCGAGAGAAAGGAGUGGGACUUUCACGGAUGAGUCACAUAUAUCACAAAAAAAUUCCAAGGAUGUACCUCAAUUUGGUCAGAACAAUGGGAGCCAACUAGAUGCAAAUGGAGGUGGCACAAUGAAUUCUAGUGCUGGCCCCCUUCCAAAUGGAAAUUCAGAUAAUGCUGCCUCUUUUGCUUCAUCCGGCAAUGCAUCAACUCAGACCGACCGUGUUCCUGGCGUACCAAUUGCUCCAUCAUCUCUGCUUGGGUUGCCUCCCUACCUUCCACCUGGACAAGUGCCUGCUCUUCAUUCCUUCAUCAUGCAUCAGCAGGGGGUUCCCCAUUCUCUGCCUUCACAUGUCCCUCAAUCUCAUGUUGGGCAUUUUCACUCGAUGCCAGCAAUGUCAUCCCUGCAACAGUGGCAGAACCAACAGGCUGUACCAGAGGGUUCACAGAUUUCUGCAUCAAGUCAACAGCCACCAUCUCAAACUGAUCAACACCUUCUGAGGUCAGGUGCCAAGUAUGAAUAUGACAUGUCUAUAAAUGAACAAACUCUUCGUUCUGGCUAUCUGGAUGUUCAUAUCAGCCAAGGCACAGAGCCAGACUCAGUGAUCUCGUCAUCAACUGCAGAAGCACAGGUUCUUGAAUCAAUGGAUAGAAGCUACCUUGUUGCCCCUCAAACUGAUCAGAACUUGCAACAAGUUUCUUCCCAAUUUUGUGAUGUCUUGAGACUAGACAGCAUCGAACAGAACAGUUCUAAGGAGCAGCAUGAUGUGAAUUUAACUGAUAAUGGACUACAGGAUGAAGUUGUAAAAGAAGAAGAUCAAAGUUCUGCAGCAAGUGCAUCUCCAUCUGAUACUACGAUCAGUUCAAUCAAUCCUGGUGAAACUUCAAUCAAGAAUGACAAUGGUGCAACUUUGCCUGAAGCAUUGAUCUCAAAAGCACAUAUGAAUACACUAAUGGCAGGAAAGACUUCAGACUCUACUCUCCUAGAUGAAAGAUCUUUAUUGGCAUGCAUAGUCCGCACAAUUCCUGCUGGUGGUAAAAUUCGAAUCAGUUCAACGCUCCCUAAUAGGCUUGGCAAAAUGCUUGCACCACUACACUGGCAUGAUUACAAGAAACAAUAUGGAAAGCUUGAUGACUUUGUUGCCAGCCACCCAGAGUUAUUUGUCAUUGAGGGUGACCAUAUUCAGCUCAGAGAAGGUGCACAAGAAAUGAUAGCAGCUACAGCAGCUUUUGCCAAGGUUGCUGCAGCAGCUGCAGCAUCUUCUCCUUACUCCUCAUUUUUGCCCUCUGUGGCUGUUACCCCAGUGGCUCGACCAAAAAAGGUUCCAUCAAUUGAUUCCAACUCAGUUAUUAAGACUCAGCAUCUUAAUGGUGUUAAUUUUGGUAUGGCUGGAGGUCUCUCAAACAUAAAGAUUUUAACCAAAUCUAGAGACCCAUUUGAACUAAAACUAAAUGGAGCGAGUUUUGAGAGGUCAAGUGUGAUAAGUAAUCAAAACAAGGGAUCAACUCAAGGAAGGUCUAAUUUUGUUGGCAAACAGCAGGGCAGGGCAACUGGUGCUGCACUAACCUCCCGCAGAUAGAUGGAUGGAAUCAAAUGGAUAAUAUUUUGAUUAUGGAGGUGGACUAGCGCAGAUCUGAGAACAUAUUGGGAAUGAGUUGUAGAAUGUCUUUCUAGAUUGGAAUUACUGGCAAUUUUUUGCAUAUAAUAUGAAUCAAUCAAUCUCAGAAUGAAACAGCCAGCUGACUUUGAUUCUGUUUUCAUUGUUUUUGCACCCUGCUCUGUUGGAAAAUUGUCUAAAUUUACUUUGUUAUGAUGUACUCAAGAUCGCAGUCAUCGUGCAGUGAUAUUCUUGCCCACAGUUUGCAUUUUUGCAUUGGAUUGGAUUGCAAAUCUUAUUUGGCUAUGAUUUCCCCAACAGCUGGUAACUGAUGUGUUUGAAAAACCCUAACUAAAGCUCCACUUAGCUCA